AUGAUGGACAAAGUUGUACCGAAAGAGAAGCUGAUAGAUGAAGCCAAAUCGCAACUGAAUGAAUUGACAGUGUUUUCUGUUGAGAAAUGUUCUUAAAACAGUUUAAAGUAAAAGCAAGCGAAACGAUUUUAUUGCACAAAAAUAUGACCUAAGACUAAAAUUCCCAUGUUUUACCAGCGUGACACCAUUUUGAAUAGUUCUAUGAAAUUUUUAAGGUGGUUUAAAGCAUUCGACACAAAAUAAUGUUGCCGGAUUUUUAACUAAAGAAACAACCGAAAAAGAGCAGCAGGCGAGAAAUUUAAAAGCAAAAAUAGGCGAUAGUCCCAAUAUUUGUAUGGAGUUUGUGUUAUACGUCUUCGUUUUUUUCGACUCUCCUCUUUACUCGCGGAAAUAGCAUAUUCCUUCUACUGUUCUUCAUUAAUUUUCCUCAUGCAGGGAGGAACAUGCAACUGACUAAGAUGGUUACGCGUAAAGAUGCCGUGGAGGCUUUGGAAAACAGGCGCGAAGAGGACAUCAAAGAGUUUGUUGACUCCAUAAUGGACGAAGAAGUCCAAAAAGCAAUAGGCCUUCAAGUUGAAAAAUUGCAUAAAAAAAAGUAA